AUGUGGUACCCGGCGAUGCCGGAAAACCGGCCCACUACCGGCAAUGCGGUGGUGAUUCAGUCCACCACCACGGUGGACGAGAUCACCCGGUUCCUGACCAGGGCGGUCCUGCUGGUGGCGCGGGACCGGCCAGUGCACGACGACAUCGACACUGGGGACAUCACCAGGGUCCUGGCGGCAAGCGCCCGUGUCCCGCUGCACGAAAUGCGCACCACACGCCACCAGCCUGAAGACUUCCUCAUCAUCUUCGAGCACCCUUGCCAGCGCACCAGGGCUCUGAUGACUGGCGGCAUCCGCGUCAAGGGAGUCUCCUUCAAUAUCAUCCCCUGGACGGAGCACAAGCAUGGCCGGAAAGUUACUUGGUGGUACCAUGUUUGCAUGGCCAUCGAGAAUCUCCCCCGCGAUGUUUGGAACUUGGACGUGGUCCAAAGCUUGCUGGGAGAGGUCUGUGUUUUCGACAAGAUAGAUAGGGCCAGCUUCCGCCAGCACUCGUCGGAGAUACUAUACUGCUGGGCCUGGAUGUGGUACCCAGACCUCCUCCCGUGA